AUGGCGUCUCUCUAUAAUCAAGCCCCUUCUGUAUCUGCAGUUUUCUCCCUCGACACAUCAUUUUCUGCAAUCAUGAUGCUUUUCCGUACAAUCUUCAACGACAUUGUGCCUAAGCGAAUCCAAGAUUACAUUACUGGGAAAGUUGUAGACUUCGUCUUCUCAUCUUACCUUCCAUCGAGUUUCACGUUUGUGAUCGAGGAAGAGUGGGACUUUGUCAAGAACACAACUUUCCAUGCGGCCGAAGUUUACUUACCAACGCUUCUAUCUAGACUCUCCAACGGAAAAGUCAUUGUGGGUUUGAGUAAUCUAAAGACUCCAGAGGCUCCGCCGAAACUAGGGAUCCCUAUAGAUACCAAAAUCAAUGAUGAGUUUGAAGGGAUUCAUCUUGAGUGGACUUUACAUUCUGUUGAAACUAAGAAUUUUCCCAACAGGAAACGGUUCUUUCAUCUGACAUGUGAGAAGGAGUUCAGUAAGAAGAUAAUGACAGAAUACUUCACCUACUUGGCUAAAUCGGCUGACAAUAUACUACGCCAAUGCGAGAGUCUCAAGAUCUACACUUACAACAGGCAAUAUUCGUGCUGGUUGUCCACCAUUUUCGAGCACCACACGACCUUCGAUACCCUAGCCAUUGAGUCGCACCUAAAGACCAGCAUACUCGAUGAUCUUGAUGCUUUUUCUCAAGGCAAAGACUUCUCCAAAAGCGUGGGACGUACCUGGAAGCGUGGAUAUCUUCUUUACGGUCCAUCGGGUACCGGAAAAACCUCUAUGGUAGCUGCAAUUUCUAACUACAUGAAGUACGAUAUCUAUGAUAUCCAGCUUCAAAGCGUUAGGGAUGAUGGUGAGUUGCAGAGGACUCUCACCUCUAUCCAGAACCGGUCAAUUCUUCUCAUUGAAGACAUUGAUUGUGUAUUUGAUGCUUCUAGACAGGUGUCUUUGUCUGGUCUGUUGAACUUCGUAGACGGGCUUUGGUCAAGCUGCGGAGAAGAAAGAAUCAUAAUUUUCACAACAAACCACAAGGAGAAGCUCGAUCCAGCGUUGCUAAGGCAAGGAAGAAUGGACAUUCACAUUCACAUUCACAUGGAUUAUUGCACACCCUAUGUGCUCAAGAAGCUUGUCGCUUUGUACCUCAAGAUUGAUGAUCAUGCCCUGUUUGGUCCCAUUAAGAAGCUCGUCCUUAAAGUGAGUGCAACUCCGGCUAAAGUCACACAGCAGCUCAUGGUGACUAAGAAUGCCGACAUUGCACUCAAAGGUCUCCUCCGAUUAUUGGAAAGCAAGACAAUGAAAGAGGAAUAA